UGAUAAGAAUGAACUAUGAAAAUUUUCAAUAAAUCACCAAAGUAUGCGACAUUAGUUAUUGCAUUUUGCGUUUGAAUAAUUUGUAUUUAAUUGAACAAAUUCUUUAUUUGGGUUCAUUAUGUCUUACAUACCGUAUGAAAUAAUCACUCAUAAAAGACAAGUAUGUUCGCUCUAUAAAAAAGCAUGUAGGACCAUCGAGGAUUGGUACCAUUACAGGCCACUAAUGCGAAUUAAUAUUGUGCGCUUAAGAAAACGUUUCGAUGACAAUAAAAAUAUUAUAGAUGUACCACUUGCAAAAGAAUUAUUACAAAAAGGUCAACAUGAACUAUGGGCUAAUCAACAUUAUUAUCCUCACCAAUUCCCGUCAUCUCCUGGUGGAACAGCAUUUGAACGUGAUGUUUUCCCUCCAGACUGGGUUUUGGAUAGUUGGCAUCCAUUAGAAAAAGCUCAAUAUCCAAAAUACUUUGCCAAAAGAGAAGAACGUAAAAAAGAGUACAUUGCUUUGUGGGAAAAACGCUGGGGAAAACCAUUUAUACCUCAUGAUGAACAUUAAAUAGUAUUUCUCAUUGUAUUUUAGUGGAUUUUUGUUAUUGUAAUUGAAAUACGAUUUAAAAAAAAUUUAGAUUUCUGAAUCAA